GCUCUGAUUUGCCGUGGUAUGUGCCAUGAGGAAGCUCUUCUUCUCCGAGUUGUCCUCCUGCAAGGAGACCAAGCUCCACGCCGCCACACACUCAUGGCUGCCUCUCGACAAAGGGAAGCUCUCCAAGUUCACUGCUCACUCCAGCUCAUCCUCUUCCUCCUCCAUAGAAUCUCUGAUGAAAAUGCCGGAGCCGGCGGUUCUUCCGCACUUUAAGCCCGCUGACUACGUCGAUAUACUGGCUCAGAUUCACGAGGAGCUGGAGUACUGCCCUCCGGAUGACAGGUCAUGCCUGUACCUGCUCCAGUUCCAGGUUUUCCGCGGCCUUGGGGAGACCAAGUUGUCGCGGAGGAGCCUCCAGGCCGCGUGGGAGAAGGCGAGCACCAUACACGAGAAGCUCAUAUUCGGGGCUUGGCUCAAGUACGAGAAGAGAGGAGAGCAGCCGAUAUCUGACCUUCUUGGCUCCUGCGGCAAGUGCUCCCAGGAGUUCAAGCUGCUGGAUUUCGUCUCGCAGAUCUCUGCCGAGUCACAUGGGAUGAUAAGCUAUGACGACGAGUCUGAUGAAUUCCAGGGUUCUUCCGUGGUUCAUCUCCGGAUAAGAGAUGACAUGAUCGCAUGUGAUCGCCGGAAGCUUGCCGCGUUGUCUACUCCACUCUAUGCAAUGCUUAAUGGCGGCUUUCGGGAAUCAUAUCUUGAAGUCAUUGACAUGUCUCGAAACGGCAUAUCCCCUGUCGGUAUGCGAGCAAUCAGUAAAUUCAGCCUGUCAGGAAGACUGCCGUAUUUGUCAGCUGAAGCUAUUCUGGAAAUGCUUGAUUUCGCCAAUAAAUUCUGCUGCAAGGGCCUCAAGGAUGCUUGCGAGCGAAAGCUUGCUUCUUUUGUUUCCUCCAGGCAAGAUGCUAUAGACUUCAUGGAGUGUGCUAUUGAGCUGGGCUGUUCCAUUCUUGCGGCCUCAUGCUUGCAGGUUCUCUUGAAUGAACUUCCAGAGUGCUUGAAUGAUGAGCAAGUGGUUAGGAUAUUCUCCUCAGCAAAUAAGCAGCAGAGGUCCACCAUGGCUGGCAAUGCAUCUUUCUCUCUAUAUUGCCUUCUUAGUGAAGUCUCCAUGAGCAUCAGUGCAACAUCGGAUGUCACCAUAAGCUUCUUGGAAAAGCUGGUGGACUCAGCAUCAGAUUCUAGACAGAAGCAGCUGUCUUUGCAUCAACUGGCUUGCAUGAGGCUGCUAAGGAAAGAUCACACUGAAGCUGAGCGCCUGUUCAAUGCUGCCUUUACCGCUGGUCAUCUCUACUCGGUAGUUGGCUUGGCUAGAUUGGCCUCUCUGAGGAGCAAUAGGCACUUUUCUCUCAAGUUGCUUGACUCUGUCAUGUCAUCUCGUUGGCCUCUUGGGUGGAUGUAUCAAGAGAGAGCACUAUAUUUGGAUGGUGAUAGCAAGCUGGAAAAUCUCAACAAGGCUACUGAGUUGGAUCCUACGCUGACAUAUCCUUAUAUGGUUCGAGCUGCUUCUUUGAUGAAAAGGCAAAGUGUUGAAGCUGCCCUGAUGGAGAUUAACCGGAUCCUGGGAUUUAAGCUGGUUCUGGAAUGCUUAGAGCUAAGGUUCUGUUGCUACCUUGCUCUUGAGGAUUAUAGAGCCGCCUUAUGUGAUGUCCAGGCAAUCCUUACGCUCGCUCCAGAUUAUCGUAUGAUUGGUGGUCGAGUUGCUGCAAAGCAGCUGCGUAUGCUUGUGAUGGAGAAUGUAGAACAAUGGACAACUGCUGAUUGCUGGAUGCAGCUCUAUGAUCGGUGGUCCUCUGUGGAUGAUAUAGGAUCACUCUCGGUCAUAUAUCAAAUGCUGGAGUCAGAUGCUGCUAAAGGAGUUCUGUACUUCAGGCAAUCUUUGCUACUUCUCAGAUUAAAUUGUCCUGAGGCUGCAAUGCGCAGCUUGCAGCUUGCUCGUGAGCAUGCAUCAAGCCAACAUGAACGACUUGUUUAUGAAGGCUGGAUACUGUAUGAUACUGGCCACUGCGAGGAAGGAUUGCAGAAAGCGGAAGCAUCCAUUGCAAUACAAAGAUCAUUUGAGGCGUUCUUCUUGAAAGCUUAUGCUUUAGCUGAUUCGAGUCUUGAGCCAUCAACCUCAGCAACAGUUGUAUCGCUUCUUGAAGAUGCAUUACGUUGCCCCUCGGAUAGACUUAGGAAGGGCCAAGCCUUGAACAACCUUGGGAGUGUUUAUGUGGACUGCGGGAAGCUAGACCUGGCAGCUGAAUGCUACAUUAAUGCCCUAAAGAUUGGGCACACAAGAGCUCAUCAAGGCCUCGCCAGGGUCCAUUUCCUUAGGAACAACAGAACUGGUGCAUUCGAGGAAAUGACCAAGCUAAUUGAAAAGGCCAGGAGCAAUGCAUCAGCAUAUGAAAAGAGGUCUGAGUACUGCGAUCGGGAUCUAACUAAAGCUGAUCUGCAGAUGGUCACCAAACUUGACCCCCUGCGAGUCUACCCCUACAGAUACCGUGCUGCUGUUCUGAUGGACAACCACAAGGAGAAAGAUGCCAUCUCGGAGCUGACCAAGGCGAUCGCCUUCAAGGCGGACCUCAACCUGCUCCACCUGCGCGCGGCCUUCCAUGAGCAUGUCGGCGACAUCUCGGGAGCCCUCCGGGACUGCCGUGCAGCGCUCUCGGUGGACCCCAACCACCAGGAGAUGCUGGAGCUUCACCACCGGGUGAACAGCCAAGAACCCUGAGCCCGUUGUUGUACAUACAGGAGGGGCUCCCAUAGCGAAAACCCAUACCAGUGUAUGUUUUGUACCAUACACAGCAAGCAGAUCACAAUGUGAGGAGAUAGUAGCCAGCCAUUUAGGUCUCUUCCCCCCCAAAACCACCAUUCCUUGUGUCCCUAAUUAGAUAUAUGAAGCUGUCCAUCAUAGCUGUCCUAUUAGUAAAUUAUUGUUGUCCUUUUGUGAUUAAGCCUUUCUAAUUGUACCCCUCCAUCCAUGUGCCCCAACCCAUGUUGCCAACAAGUUUUGACUGUCACAUGUGUAAAGGAAAUGGAAAAAAGAAAUGGAGAAGUGUAUGAUGAGCCGGUGUCAAA